UAUAUAUAUGUUUGAUUAAGAUAUGUUGUAGUUUGCAAAUAACAAGUAGACAACUAGACAAAGAAAAUUUUUCUCCUCUUUCUCUCCUCUUUUUCAGUUUUCUGUCUCCUCUUCUCUCUACCGGGUUUUGCAUUUCUCAUACUCAACUCUCACUUCUCUAAUUCUCUUUGCACAUCAUUAUUAUAGGGGUCGGUCUGUCUUCUUUCCUGCACUCAUUCUCAUUCUCUCAACCUUGCGAAGGUAUUACACUUUAACUUCUCUUCUAUAAUGAAAUUUUUGACGAAAUUAGAAUGUAAUUUAUGUUAGAAUUUGAGUAAUUCAUGUUAGAAUUUGAGUAUUUAUCGAUUUGUUGAUGUAAGUAAUUAAAUCUAUUGAUCCCUAAUAAUUUAGCCCACCUCAAAUUUAAUUCCUGGUUCCGUGCCUGAUCUCUACUGUUCUCUUGAUGAAGAAUGAGAAUGACUGAGAGUCGACCACGGAAUGCGCUGAGAAUUUGGGUUCUUGGAAACCACAUCUGAUCUCCCCAUACUCCAACUAAGAAAUGAUAAACAAGAACCAUGCUUGGAGAAUCUAAUCGCAUAUUUGAUAUAUACGAGAAUCUUUGAAUACUAGGUCAACAACGUGUGGACCAUUAGAUAUAGACUUUAUCAUUUGCUCCCACCCUAAUUUUGGGGUUCCUUUUUACCAAAUAUUAGCAUAAACAAUGGUUGCCGAACAGAGCUUUUAAACAAAAGUUGGGAGAAGCUUGGGUUUUUCCGAUGGAAUUUGAGAGAUGCAUGGAAAAAACACCCCCUUAGUUCUUUUUGAUGGUGCAUUCACAUGGCUCCUCAAAAGCAGGCCUCAGGAGCUUUGUGAAUUUACAAAUUUAUUUUACCAAAGGAAGAGAAAGCAGACGAUGCUGGAUGCUGUGUUUAAGCACCAUUCACGACCAGAUCUGCUCAACACCAGAUUGCAGAAUUAGGGCUCUCUGUGCAUUUCUUCUAUUAGGAGAUUAAAGUCAAGUUUAGCGGGGUAAAUCAGUAAAUUGAGACCGACUUCUCUUGCGAGAGUCAGCUAAUGGCUACUGCAAGUUGUGAAGGUGAAGGAGGUUGUACGGAGAGUGAGAAUAUGAUAGGAACGUUGGGUAAUCUUCCCGACCCAGUUGUGCAUCACAUUGUUUCUUUUCUUGCUAUCACUGACCUCACUCGUUUUGGCUGUGUGUCCAGAAAGUGUAGAGAACUUUAUCUAUCAGUUCCAUCCUUGAAUUUUGAUGAAUUUUCCUUGGCUAAUACAUCCUCAUGUUAUAAACGGAUGAAGUUGUUGAGGUCUUUGGAUAAGUUCUUGAUUCAUCGUGGGGAGAAUAAGAUGCACAAAUUUCGUAUUCGGUGGGUUCCCCUUGAGUACGUUGACCAUGAAACACCAUGCUUUUGUGGUUGUAAUGAGAAGUCUCGAACGAUGGCGUGGUUACACUAUGCAGUAAGGUGUAAUGUGCAAGUGCUUGAUCUUGAGAUCUCUAUAUUUGAGGAUGAAACACCAUUAGCAUUUCCAUGUUGCAUCUUUCCGUGUGAAUCUUUGAGGUCUCUGUCGGUGGAUAUGAAUUGUAAGAUUCAAAUACCCUCCUUCACUUUCGUCUCUAAUCUCACGUACUUGGAGCUGACAAACGUUGAAAUAGAGGAAGAAUCAUUUUUCAAAUGGAUCUCACAAUCCUGCAAAUGCAUUGAGGUAUUGAAUCUUGAGGAUGUUCAUGGGCUAAAAAAUAUCAACAUUGAAAGCUCGUCUUUGAAAUCAUUAUAUUUUGAGUAUACUUUCAGUCAGACUAGCAUCUGUCAUCUUAAUAUAUCAGGUGAGAAACUUGGCAACAUAACUAUUGUCUGGGGAUUUGAUUCACCUAGCAACAAAUCGUUUAAUGUUUCUGCUCCAAACCUUAAAAGCUUCUAUUGGGUGGGGAAUUUGAUGAUUCACUCAUAUAUGAGAGAGCUGGUAGGCUUAGAAGAAGUUGGGUUUUAUCUAGAGCCUGAAGAAGAUGAGAUUGACCAUGUCCUAGAUGAUAUCGGCACUUCACACAAGCGUAGCUUUCUUGUUAUAAAGGAAGAUGCCAUGAAGGAACUAUACAAGAGAGGAAUUUCGCCAACUUCGUUUGGUAAUAUUUGUUAUUUGCGUUUGCAUAUUGGGAGCUUCGUCAGUGACUUAGUCCCAUCAAUGGUGUUUCUUUUCGGAGCAAUGACAAAUCUGAGUACUUUAUACAUCAAGUCAACUCCGCCUUUAUACGACUUCGGAUCUAAUACAUCUGGUUUCGACAUGGGAUACUGGGAGCAGCAAAACCUCGGUUUCAUUUAUAAGCUUAAAGAGGUUACAAUCGAGCUUUCCAACGGAUCUAAUGGAAUGGAAUUAGCAAGAUAUAUUCUCGAGCAUGCUCAGUGUUUGGAGAAGAUGGUCGUAGUUUAUCUACCCCACCAGUGUGAUAUUGUUAAAAGGAUGUUAGAUAGAAGCAAGAUGAUUUCUAGUGGCACAGUUGUCUUCAAGGAAAAUCGAUGUAAAAGAAAGCUGGUCUGAUAUAUUUCAUAUCAGAACCUUAAUAAAUGUUGAUGGAUCCAUUUUGGACUGGUUUA